AAAUGAUUUAUCGCGAGGUCGUUUGGCCCCUGUGACCGCCGGUUGAAGUAGAGUGGAGGCUCCAUUUUUAGACACGGAGAGAACCGGUUUUGGACACCAUGUAUCCGACCACACUAACGCAGUUGUCCCGGGCUAAUCCCUUCAACGCCCCGCUAUUCUCCCUCCAAGAAAUCGAGGAGCCCAAACAGAGCCUCCCCGCAAAUGGACAGAGCCGCAACCUCGCUGCCGCAGCAAUUGCUGACUCUGCAGAUGUGAGCUGUGAGUUUGGCUCAACAAAAUACUAUGCCCUUUGUGGGUUUGGGGGUAUCCUGAGCUGCGGCCUCACACACACAGCUGUUGUACCCCUCGACCUUGUCAAGUGCCGCAUCCAGGUGGACCCUGACAAGUACAAGAGCAUUGGCAAAGGCUUCUCCCUCACAUUGAAGGAGGAUGGAGCCCGAGGGCUGGCUAAGGGUUGGGCCCCUACCUUCAUCGGCUACUCCAUGCAGGGUCUCUGCAAGUUUGGCUUCUAUGAGAUGUUCAAGAUCUUCUACAGUGACAUGCUUGGACAGGAGAACACGUACCUGUGGAGGACAUCCCUGUACCUGGCUUCGUCUGCCAGUGCAGAGUUCUUUGCUGACAUUGCCCUGGCCCCCAUGGAGGCUUGCAAAGUGCGUAUCCAGACCUGCCCCGGCUACGCCAACAACCUCAGACAGUGUGCUCCCAAGAUGUUUGCAGAGGAGGGAGUAUGGGCGUUCUACAAGGGUGUGGUUCCCUUGUGGAUGCGGCAGAUCCCCUACACCAUGAUGAAGUUUGCCUGCUUUGAGAGGACCGUGGAGCUGCUCUACAAACACGUGGUGCCCAAACCACGUGCUGACUGCACCAAGGGCGAACAGCUGAUUGUCACCUUCACUGCCGGCUACAUCGCUGGUGUGUUCUGUGCCAUCGUGUCCCACCCAGCGGACUCAGUGGUGUCUGUACUGAACAAGGAGAGUGGCAGCACCGCCGUCCAAGUGCUCAAGAAGCUGGGACCUAAAGGUGUUUGGAAGGGCCUGGUUGCCCGUAUCAUCAUGAUCGGUACUCUGACCGCUCUGCAGUGGUUCAUCUACGACUCCGUGAAGGUCUACUUCCGCCUGCCCCGUCCCCCUCCCCCCGAGAUGCCAGAGUCCCUCAAGAAGAAGCUGGGGCUCACUGAGUAAAAAAAAAAAAAAACAUCUCCAGGACCCCCUCUC